AUUCCCAGAUGGCAUAAGCUGUUGGAACUUGGAAGGCCAGGGCUCUUCAAUGGAAUGACUUUGGAGGUGUAAAUAAGUAGAAAACUGUGAAUUGAACACACUAGGGUUCUGUUUUCUGUCUCAGAAAAUUAGGGUUCUUAAGACCUUCAACAUUCCACCUUUAAUGGGUGGUGGUGUUGGUUUCGGAGGAUUUUAAUGGAGAAACCCGAAGUCGAGGAGCCUGAGAAGAAGAAGAAACGUCAUCUCAAUUCUGUAUCUUCCGCCAUGGCCAGGAACUCACCUACUUCGCCUGAGAACAGAACUGUUGAUGCAGCAGUUCUCCAGUAUCAGAAUCAAAAGCUUGUUCAGCAGCUGGAUGUCCAGAAACAUGAAUUGCAUGUUCUAGAAGAAAAGUUCAAAGAAUUGAAUGACAAGCAGACUUCUUAUGAUGACACUUUAAUUACAGUGAACAGACUCUGGAGUCAGUUGGUCGACGAUUUAAUUCUGCUUGGAGUGCGUGCUGGGGGUGAUGGAAAUGGUUUGCCAGUUUGGGAUCAAGCUGAUCGCUCUCAAGAUUCAAUUCCAUCUUGCCCCUGGGAGGAGGUGUUUCUCUAUAGACUUCUAGAAGCUGAUCCUGUUGAUUGGAAUAGAGCUAAGGAAGCUACCAAAAAUGUUGAAGAAGCCCUUGCUGCUCGCCAUGCCUCUACUCUGAAUUUGAUGAAGUAUUUAGAAGAUACUAUUGAUGCCCAAAGAGCUAAAGCAGAUAGCAUUGCAUCAAAUUUUCAUGGAAAGCUCUCUGCUGAAGAUGCUAUCAUCCACCUGCAUAAGAUUGAUGAAAUAAUGAGGGAGGAAGCAUGCAAUCUACGAAAGGUGAUUGAUAUUCUUCACUUGAAGCAUAGAGAAUAUGCGCAUGAGAUCCAAACUUAUGUGCAAAGCCACUCUAUGGAUCAAUCUGAGAUAAGACGCCUUGCAGGUGAGGUAGAGGAAUGCAUGGCCGAACUGGAGGAAAGUAGGAGAAAAUUAGUUAAUCUUAAAAUGCAAAAGGACGGCACAUCUAGAGUGCAUGUUCCUGUUCAGAAUGCAGUAAAUGGGAGCAUGUCACCAGAAAAGCCUGUGGAUAGGAGCAUGGGGUUGCGUGAGCUUAAGGAUUCCAUGGAGGAAGCUAAGAUACUAGCAGCGAGCCGUCUUUCAGAGCUUCAGGAGGCACAAGAAGAUAAUCUAAAUCUGUCCAAGCAAUUUAAAGCACUUCAGGAUGAGCUGAAGGAUGAGAAAUUUGUAGUCUCAUCUAGACCUUACACUAUACUAAGUGAUCAGCUUCAUCAUUGGAACACUGAACUGGAGCGGUACAAAGGGUUAACAGAUUCCUUGCAGGCUGACAGGACUAAUGUCCUGCGAAGGGAGAAGGAACUGAGUGCAAAGUCAGAAUCAGCAGAGGAUGCAAGAAGUGCUAUUAACACAGCCGAGGUUCGGAUUGAAGAGUUAGAGCUUCAGCUGCAAAAGUGUGUGAUUGAAAGAAAUGACCUUGAAAUUAAAUUGGAAGAAGCUGAGCAAGAUUCAGGUAGAAAGGACAUUAAAGCAGAGUUCCGUGUUAUGGCUUCUGCUUUGUCUAAGGAAAUAGGGAUGAUGGAAGAACAGUUGAAUCGAUGCAAGGAGACAGCUCGUGAAGCCAUUUCUUUACGUGAAGAAUCCCAUUCUCUGAAAGCUUUAUUAAGUAGAAAGAUGAACGAAAUGAAGAGUCUAGCAGAUAGAUGCACUGAACAAUCUGCAGAGAUCAAAUCCCUCAAAGUUUUGAUAGAGGAAUUACAGAAGGAAAGACAGGAACUGGAAAUCUUCUUGGAAAUGCAUGGACGGGAGUGUUUUGACAACAGAGAUGUGAUGGAAAUAAAAGAAUCAGAACGUAGAGCUCAUGUACAGGCUGAAGUCUUGAGAAAUGCUCUGGAAGAACAUAGUCUAGAAUUACGAGUUAAAGCUGCAAAUGAAGCUGAGGCUGCUUGUCAACAAAGACUUGCUGCGGCUGAAGCUGAAAUAGCUGAUUUGAGGGGCAAAUUGGAUGCUUCUGAGAGGGAUGUUUUGGAGCUUUCAGAGGCCAUAAAAAUCAAGGAUGGAGAAGCAGAGGCUUAUAUUUCUGAAAUUGAGACCAUUGGUCAAGCAUAUGAAGAUAUGCAGACGCAGAACCAACAUUUGUUGCAACAGGUUACUGACAGAGAUGAUUACAAUAUCAAGCUAGUAUCUGAGAGUGUGAAAACAAAACAGGCGCAGAGCUUUCUCCUUUCUGAGAAACAGAUGUUAGCAAAGCAGCUCCAGCAAGUUAAUGCAUCAUUAGAAUCCUUCAAACUAAAGAUUUUCCGCAGUGAAGAGCAGAUGAAAGCAUAUGUAGCUGAAGCUGGAAAAGCUUCUCUGGAAAACAGACACCUUGCCAUCAACAUGGAGAGUACAAAAUGGGAAUUGGCAGAUGCUGAGAAAGAUUUGAAAUGGCUAAAGGCUGCUGUUGCUUCCUCAGAAAAGGAAUUUGAGCUGAACCAGCGAAAGGCAGCAGAAAUCCAAUUAGAACUGGAGAGUGAAAGAGCUGAGAAGAAGAAGCUCGAGGAAGAGCUCAAGGAGAUGAAUGGGAAAGUACUUGAGAUGAGUUCAGCAAAUGGGGAGGCUGCAAUACAGAAGCUCCAAGAUGAGAUCAAGGAGUGCAAGGCGAUCCUGAAGUGUGGUGUAUGUUUUGACCGGCCUAAAGAGGUCGUAAUUACAAAGUGCUACCAUCUGUUCUGCAAUCCAUGCAUCCAAAGGAACCUAGAGAUCCGGCAUAGGAAGUGCCCUGGGUGUGGAACUGCAUUUGGGCAGAAUGAUGUUCGAUUUGUGAAUAUCUGAGUUCGCUUCCCCCCUCCUCCUCCUCCUCCCUCCCCUUAGGGAUUUAUUGGAAUAGCUGUGUAUAUUGAUCUUAAUUUUGAAGCCAUAGUUCUCUUUCUGACCUUCCUCAAUGCUCAUAUUUGUUACAUUUCUGAUGAUUAAAAAUUUUUAGCA